AUGCGUUCCUGGCACGACGUGCUGAAGCAAACUAGCAAUGUAACAGACUUUCUGCCAGCAGCGCAGAAAGUCUAUUCGGACAUAGCGCAACGUGCGGCCUACGUAGGUGCCGGGAUAGACCUUUUUGGGUGCAGUCUUGACCAACUGGGAGUGUUGGAGAUGAGGGAUCUGUGCGAGAAGACAGGUGGCUUGUUGUGCUUAAGGGCAGGGGACUCUCCUGUAUAUGUUGACAGGCGGGAGAACAAGAUGCUGUGCUCACCAACGAAAACUUCUGAUAUUAAAUGCUUAGACUUUUGAUCUAUUUCAAAGCCCAUCUGAAACACCGUUUUUAGUUGGUUCACUCACUUCUAACUCUCCUCGCCGAUUCCUUCUCUUCACACGUCUUUCGAGACACGCUUUUACGGCAGUUUGACGAUUCGUUGUGGACCGAUGCAAUGCUGGGAUUGAACGCUAGAAUUUCCCUCCUAACCUCAGGAGAGGUCAAAGUUGCUGGAGCGGUGGGCAACUGUUGCGGAACGGGGAAAGCACAUUCUUCCGUGAGUACCAACGAGGAAAUUGGAGAAGGAUCAACCAACGAAUGGGCAGCAGGUGUAUUGGAUAGUAGUUCUUCCCUGUGCUUCUUCUUUGAGAAAGCUAUUAUGCUUCAUACAUGGAGGGGUUGAUCACUGGUAAGUACUUAAAGCUAUUAUGCUUGAGAUGCAUGGGGUUGAUCACGGGAAUGAAGUAUAAGUACUCAAAUAGAUAAAAGGCUUCUCUUUUUAGCCAAUGCUUUUGUAGAAGCAAGGGCAGGGGAGUUUCAAAUUUCUAUUCAGCAUCUCUUUGGUCAAAAAAAAUAAUAAUGUCUAUCCAGCAGCAUAUUUGUUGUAGAUCCCUCUAAAGCAUUGAACCGAGCAGAAGAAUCCGUAGAUGAGAUGCAUUUGAAAGCUGGCUAUAUACAGUUUCAGACUGCCUACAAUGAUCCGAAUGGCCAGAGACGGGUGCGAAUCACCACAGUGGCCAGAGGGUACAAGAAUAUACUUGAUGAUGCGCAUCAGUUGGAAUGAGUUACCUAACACUUACGCGAUCAGUUUCCCUUGAUGUCUUCCUUAUCGACUGAAGAAUCCUUUCCCUUUGACUGAUCGUAAUUACCAUGGCUCCUCAAAUUACCAUGGCUCCUCCAUCAAACAGUCGUAAAGGCUCACCUCCUUGAGGCGAGCCAGCUCCUCUCCUCUCCUCUCCUCUCCUCUAUAAUCCUCUAUAAAUCUCUAUAAAUCAGAUUCGCUUGUCCUGCGUUCACUGAUAUUCAAUGCUCGUAGUUUUGUUUUUGGCUCUGCAGCAGCCACUCAUGUCUGCCAGUUUUCCUGGUAGGCCCACACCUAACCUAACAUAUCAGAUUCGCGUACUGACUUUGAAGCAUGCUAGGUAAAUCUCACUGUCAUAUAUCAGAUUCGCUUGUCCCGCAUUGACCGAUAUAAGUCACGGCUUUGACGACGAAGCAGCUGCUGUAGUCCUCGCAAGGUAUGCCGUGUCGCUGUUGUCAAAUCCUCUAGCGGAUUCUGCUGACGUAGUGCGAAAAGUGGAUCGAAGCUUAAUACGGUUAGCGAGUAUUAAGGCUCUUGAUAACUUCCUUCUUCUGUAACUAUAAUUUCCUUGACUAAUUAUCCUAUCUGAGAUCUUUCCGUGAUUCUGUUGUAGUAAACUGAAAACAUGUCCUAUGGCAUUACUUUCUGUUCUAACGACGUUAAGCUUCUCGUUCCUACAAGGAUGACCUUAUAUAUUCCGAGAAUUGUGAAUCUAGAUUUACAACGCCUCUGGCAGAAGAUUCUCAGGUUGCUUCCUUCUUCCCCUCUUCUAGUACUCCGCAUCCGAAUAGGAAGAUCCAUAGUUAACUCGCGCUCAUCUUAACACGAUCCGUGUAGAAUGGGCAAUAGUGCAACCUAUACUAUCCUAUCCUCUCCACUUCUAAACUUCGAUUCGCCAACUACAACAAGGGAGAUGUAGCAUCUUUCCACCUCCCUGAAGAAUUGGUGGCCUUGCCGCAGUUUGUCUACAAUCUUAGACGGUCUCAGUUUUUGAACCAUUUCAACUGUAGUCCGGAUGAAAGCGCGUUUUAUCGGGCCAGCCUGUUUCGGGAAGCCGUUUCGCCAGCGUUGUUGAUGAUUCAGCCUUCUUUUUAUGGCCUAGGUCGUGGUACCCAAAACCCAGCGUACAAUGUUGCAGCUUGAAAGAAAUGCAAGUCUGAUGUCUAUAACCGCAUAAGUAAGUAAAAGCCACAUAAGGAUCUCGCUUCUCUUAAUAGUAGUCACUGUAUCUUUGAUCAUUUGUUCCUUAUCACUACGACUACCUAAUCUGCAUAUUAGUAAUUGCUGUUGCUUCUCUUAAUAGUAGUCCCUUCUCUUAAUAGUAGUCAUCAUUUGUUCCUUAUCCUAAUAAAUCCCCAUUUCUAAUCUUCAGUCGAGUAUAGUUUCGAGGCACCCAUGGGGAGACACGUGCUGCUAGAUUCCAAAAGCCUGAAGUCGAAAGUUCUUCUGUUGCUAGACUGCUAUUUCCACGUCGUAGUAUGGCGAGGUGAGACGAUACAGCAGUGGUGCGAAGCUGGCUAUCAUGAGAAAGAAGAUUAUGGUUUGAGGUGCAUCUUCGACUACAAGAAUGACUAGUUGUACACGAAGAAGUUCAAAUUUAUACUCGGUAGUCCAGAUAGAGGGACACUUUAGCACGGAGAACCAGCAGAAGUACUAGCAGGUCGUGUUAGAAUCUUACGUAAGAACUUUGACAAAGUUUAUUCAUUGUCUCUACUCUCUCUCUCUCAGAUGCUAACUACCACACGCCUUCAUUGUCUCUACACACUCUCUCAGAUGCUAACUACCACACACACUCUCUCACAUUCUAACUACCACACGCCAAUUUGAAGGAGCUAUUGGAGAAUCCGGCAAGAGACGCGCUGUAUCUCCUGCGGGAACGGUCUGUAGUGCCGAAAUUCAUACAGACGUACGCGAACGGAAGCCAGGCAAGAUUCCUCAUGAAUCGAGUGAAUCCGAAUGCCGGAGACGUAGUGACGGAAGACGUGGGGCUAAAAGGGUUCAUGGAGUCGCUUAUCAACUUCUGCGUGUCUGGAGAGGAAGUGGCUUAGUAAUGGCCUAGUGGUUUGGCUUCUAGAUUAAGUAGAUGAGGAAUACCUUGUAGUAGACCUUUGGCUUCUAGAUUAUUAACUAGAAGUCUAUUAAGUAGGAUGAGGAAUGAGGUAGAAGAAUUUUGAGUGCUUUGAAGAAGCUAGCCUAUGGCUGGCGACGAAUCGACGGUUUACAGUUUGUAGCAACUGAGACUCGUGGUUUUGACUGCCUCAUCUCAGGUUAGUAGAUUCCUCAGAAUUUUGUUUUCACGACUCUGACGUAGCUUGGUCUAAGGUCCAGGACUUUUGGGAGUAGUUCUAUUGCAGCAUUAUGGGUAACUCUAUCAACAUCGAUUUGCCCGAGUAGCAUCUUUGGCACAUUCCUGCGUGAGUAUUUCUUCGUGCAAGGAUUUAUUUGAAGUACGUAGUUUUAUUUUUGCCACGCUGCAAGGGAGUAGUAUUUGUGCCACUCUUCGAGUAAUUCCUGUGUCAAGACUCUGCACGAGAAAGGGUUUACUGCUUGAGAGUAAUUCUAUUGUUUGCGACACUUUUAUCACUGUGGUGUUUUAGACACCCGCAGGCAAAACGGCAAUGCAGUGCAACAAGAAAGAAUCCCAAUAUUUGCGCCUACGUACUUUUUACAGCGCUCAUCAAGCGAUAGAGUGCUGCUAGCACCGCAUCCACGUGACACCGGCAUUAAACAGCGUGGUAAUAAAUUGUCGUGUUUCGAAUGGGAAAAAACGGCUAACCUGAUGGCACCUUUUUCCCAGGGGAUUAAGUGGGUGGUGG